AUGAAAAUUUAUGUUGAUAAUAAAUAUAUAAAGUUUAUAGGCAACUAUGGCUUUCUUAUAAAAAUGAAUAACCUAUCUCCUAAUGUUUAUUCUGUGAUCUUUAGUUUUCUUGAUCAUAAAGACAUCGCUAGAGCUAGCUUAUCCUGCAAAAAUGCUUACAGAGGCUCAAUGAUGGAACUGAUCUGAAGAGAACUCUGUCUAAGAAAAUGGUCAUUUUGCCGAAUCUCUAAAUCACUUAACUCAUGGCGAGCUCUUUUUAUCCGCCGGAUAACAACUGAUGAAGGCAUGCUAAGAGGGACUCCUCAGGACUAUGCAAUGGCUCCAUGCAGGGGCCAUAUUGGGUAUAUAACGUCAACUAUAAUUCUAGGUGAUUUUAUUGUAUCUGGGUAUUUUUAAUGUAGAUCCGUAGAUGGGGAAAUUAUCUUAUGGUCACCUGAAAACCCACAGACUUAUAAACUGAAUAAUAUUGGUCGAUUGGAGGCUUCAAUAACAUUUUUGACGCAUAAUGAUCAGCUGUUGCUUGCUGGUACCAACACAGGGGAGUUUAGUGUUUGGAGCUUGGGAUCAGAGUUGCCUAGAGAAAUAACAAGAGGGAGACUGAAGCUUGAACAAAUGACUUCUAUAGGCUUAUUUGAUAACAAUCAGUAUUUUUAAUAUAGAAUCUUUGCUGGUGGAAAUCGCUAUGGAAAUGGGAAAAUCAUUGGAAUUGACGCUUUUAAUCAAGUAACUUUAGCAGAAAUUGGGUUUGAAUUAUUCCUCCCAGGUGCUCCAUUGACUGCAAACAUAGUAAAAUCAGGCAAUUUUAUAUAUUUUGGGAUAAGAAAUACUGUUUAUCAGCUGGAUCUAAAAACAAAUAUUAGAAGAGGUAAAAUAUAGAUAGAAACUCAUCUUGGCCAACAAAGCGUGCUAAAAUUAUCAUUAGAAAAUAAUAAAAUCAUAGUAAAUACCAAUGAAGGGGUAUAUCUGAUGACAUUGACCUUAAUGAUCAUCAACUAUUACCCUAUAAACCAGCCGGCUCAAAACCGAUAUAUUUUUUACCCGCAAAAUUUUGGAGAUAAUUACUUAUCCACAGUUGCAAACAUUAAUGGAACUACAUAUAUAUCAGUUGGUAAUAACAGCACGGUUUCAUUAUUAAAGAUUGACAAAAAUAAUCAAAUUGUCUUAGUAUCGAAGGUCGAAGAGAAGGGCAAGCAUUUCAACUCAGUUUCCUGCAAUAACUUCAAUUUUAUAGCCGCAUCGAAUGAAAACUCUAUUUAUGUUUAUGACUCCACCACAGGGAAAAAAAGAUAUGUGCUAUUGGGCGGAAGUGCUAAUCCAAGAUUGGUGCCAAAAUCAUUUGUAGCGAAUACUAGCAAGACUGGAUGUGUGCAAGCCUUUAUUGAUGAAGUCAAAAUUGUAGGAGUUUUUGGAAAUAUGCUUAGAGUUUAUAAUUUUGAUUUAUAA